AUGCCACUUGGAUUACAGGCUGGCUCUAGGCUUGGUGGAAAGGGAAAGGGAAAGGAAAAGGCUGUGCGCACAGCAAGAAAAGCUCCAGUUCGCUCAUCUCAAGCUUGCAACAAUCAUGCUCAGAAGGCCAGGCGCCGUGCAAAGUCUGGCACCAAGGCUCUCCGCGAUAUCAGAAGACAGCAACUUGAUACUCGCCUGAUUAUUCCAAAGCUCUCAUUCCAGCGUCUUGUUAGGGAAAUCGCACAAGACUUCAAGUCCAAUCUUCGCUUCCAGCAAUCUGCUAUCCUAGCUCUCCAGGAAGCUGCCGAAUGCUUCCUCAUUCGAGAAUUUGAGAUGACAAAUCUCCUUGCUAUUCAUGCGAAGAGAGUGACAAUUCAGGCAAAGGAUAUGUGCGCAGCCUAUACCCGGAAACCACUCAACGCGCUCGGCGCGUUGCCUCCCUCCCUCGCGUUGCCUCCCUCCCUCGCGUUGCCUCUCUCCCUCGCGUUGCCUCCCUCGCGGUUGCUCCCCCUCGCCGUCGCCCUCCUCGCUGUCCCAGCUGACUCGCUAGCCGCUGCCCUCACUGAGGCACUCGACGACUCUUCGGAAGCCCUCGUCGCGAGGCAUCGGAAGUCCUGAGCUCGGCUCAGGCCCACGAGGAUGGCUUCUCUUGGCGAGCUGACCGUUCCUAUGAACGGUCAGCUCUACCUCGACCUAGACGCCUGGUCGAGAGUCCUUAACGACUGGGCCGAAUGAGGCCGUCGAAAGGAGCGACAGCGAGGGGGCGACGGCGAGGGGGCUACGGGAGGCUACGGGGGGGGAAUUGGGGGGUUUUUACUGGUCGCAGGGGGUUUCAUAUUAUGUAGGGUAUAUAAAACUUAUCACGUCAAAUGCAGGGUAUAUAGACAAC